AAAAUCAAAAAAUCCCCAAAUUGAUGGAUUCGAAUGAGCUUUAUACGAAUGCUGUCGUCGUUCAUGAGGAGGCUACUGGAGUUGGUCCGCAAGAGGAAGGAGAUCCAGGAGACAAUGGACCUGACAAUGUACCCGACGAUGAAGACCCAAGGGAGCGAGACGCUUUUGAAAUCGAGAAGGCUGUAAUGGAGUUUAGAGACGAACCUUCGAUUCUACAUGAUGAGUAUCUAGACAGUGAAGAAGAUGAAGAAGACGAAGCUGCUCGUGAGAGAAAACGAGACGACAUCAGAGCCGGAGGUGGGAAUUUGUACUAUCACCAGACAUUCUUCAGCGCCAUUGCUUUUAAAGAAGCUGUUCUCGACAAUGCUUUGAAGACAGGCUGCAACAUCGCACAAUACAAGUAUGAUGAAACGAAGCUUGGAUUUAAAUGUGAUGGGGAUGGAUGUAUAUGGCGGAUAUACUGUGCAAUCACGAAGAAAUGUUCUAAGUGGAGAGUUAACGUGUACAAGGAUGUCCACACAUGUAAUCCGAAUGGAGAUUGUGAGAUGUUGAAUGUUCUUGUUAUUGCUAGGUUGUUUCUAGAUAGUAUUAGAGAUGAACCCGAAUAUUUCAUGCCUAUGAAGAUUGAAGAAACCAUUAAAAGGAAAUGGAAGAUCACAGUUUCUAGGUCUCAACGUCAAGCUGCAAGGAGAAAAGCAUUGAGAUGGAUAGAAGAGGAAUAUGAUAAUCAGUUUGCUAGGCUUCAAGACAAUGCUGAAGAGAUAAGAGAGUCCAACAAAGAUUCAACUUUUGAAGUUCUAACUGUGACAAAUGAUGCAGGACAAGAGGUAUUUAAUAGGUUCUAUGUCUAUUUUGAUGCGAUUAAGAGAACAUGGAAAGAGUCUUGUAGGCCAUUGAUUGGAGUGGAUGAAACUUUUAUCAAAGGAAAUGUUAAAGAAAACAUAGAGAAUUGGGUGUGGUUUGUGAGGAAGCUAAAAGAUGAUUUGGGACUAAUGGAUGGUGAUGGUUACAUCAUAGUGUCUGAUCGUCAAAAGGGUUUGAUCCGAGCAGUUGAGCUAGAGCUACCAAAAGUAAAGCAAAGAAUGUGUGUGAGACACAUCUAUGGUAAUAUGAAGAAGAAUCAUGGAAAAGAUAAAGAGAUGAAGAAGUACAUUUGGGAUGUGGCAUGGAGCUACAAUGAGAGCAGCAUUGAAGCUCACAUGACUGAGCUUUACAACUACAAUGUGGCAGUUUGGCGUGAUGUUGUCAAGUCAAAACCAAGAACUUGGUGCAGGGCAUUCUACAAGCAAGGAAACUACUAUGAAGAUGUAGAGAAUAAUUCAACCGAGUCCUUCAACAACUCCAUUGUCAAGGCUAGAGACAAAGCAUUUGUGCCAAUGAUUGAGACCAUUAGGAGACUUGCAAUGGUCAGAAUCUUCAAGAGAUCUGUGGAAUCUCAUGACCAUAAUGGGAGAUGCACGCCAUAUGUUGGUAAGUUUAUUGCCAAGGAACAAAAGAAAGCUUCAAAGAUGAAUAUAAGAAGAAGCACUAAUGACAUGUAUGAAGCUACCAGAGGAUUAGAUACUCAUAGGAUAAGCUUGAGUGAGCGGACUUGCACUUGUGAGAAAUGGCAAAUCUGUGGCAUUCUUUGUGAGCAUGCUUAUGGAGUCAUCUUAGAGAAGAGUCUUGAGGUUGAAGACUAUGUGUGUCACUGGUUUUGGACAGCUAUGUGGCAGAAGAACUACACGGACGGCCUAUUUCCACAGGGAGAACCUGCUUUUUGGCCAUCAACAGAUCAUCCUAAUGUGCAUGUACCACUACCACCACCUACACCUGGGAGGUUUCAUAAGAAGAAGAAGUCUUCUGCAUUGUUAAGUGGAACCGUCUCAAGGAGUGGUGAUGUCUCAAGGCUGAAGGAUUAGAGUAGUGUAAGAUGGCAGCAGGUUUUUUGGUGUACCAUCUGAUAAGAAUUAGAGUAGUUCGGCUUUGUGUUUUUGGUUUCAUGACCAUGUUUAAUGGUACAUUGUUAUGUCUCUGUCUUUUGGUUGGUUGGUUGUAAUACAUUGCAUUGAGCCUC